AUGGGAGACGCCAGGUCGGCGGAGCUGGAGGUGUCCGUGGUGAGCAGCCCCGCGUCGAGCGGCGGCGGCGUGGGCGGCGGCGACAGCCAGAAGGCGGGCGCGCCGCUCUACACCUCCUUCAGCAUCUCCAGCAUCCUGAGCCGCGACAGCCCGCGGCGGCCGCAGCCACUGCCCGCCGCCGCGCCACCGCUCCACGACUCCGCCAUGCUCUCCAGGCUGGGCCUGAUGACGCACUUCGGCGCGCUGGCGGCGGCGGCGUCCGGGCGCAGCCCGUUCGUGGCGGUGGUGUCUCCGCCACAAAUGCCGUUAGGGCGGACACGUUCCCGUGAAACUGGAGAGGACGGCAACUGCAGGCAGGCCCUGUCCCGUCGCGUGUGUGCUGUGAGUACGAGCUGCGUGGCGGUGCGUAACGAGGAGGUGGCGCUGACACGGGCUGAGCGCCGCUGCCGGGCUUCCUUGGAAUUGCUUAGGGCAGGUGAUUCGACGACGACGAACGAGGACGGCGGCAGCCCGCCAGGCUCCCCGGCGCGGCGGAGUGGCAGUGCGGGUGGCCGGCGCAGUCCCAGCUCCCCUCUGGGGGCGGCGCGCGGGUACAGCCCCCCCGGAGGCGGCGCCACGCCCGCCAGCAGCCCCGCCAGCAGCUCCGCGCCGCCCCCGCAGCCACCUAUCCUGCACCCGCACCCCGCCUUCCUUUCCGCCGCAGACUCCUACCUGUCGCUGACGCGGCCCAAGUCGCCGCCACCACAGGGGUUCCUGCACCACCACCACCACCAUCACCACCACCACGGCAUGCACCAGUCGGGGUCCUCCUCCGCAGGGGCGGCGGGUUCGCACGUCGACUCCGUCGAGAUCGAGGAGGACGUAGACGACGACGACGAUUACGACAAGGAGGGUAAGAAGGACGGUGGAGGCGGCAGCAGCAACGGCAACGGCAGCAGCGGCAGCAGCAACAACAACAAUAACAGCAACAAGCGGAAGAAGAAGACGCGCACGGUGUUCUCGCGCAGCCAGGUGUUCCAGCUGGAGUCGACGUUCGACAUGAAGCGCUACCUGUCCAGCUCGGAGCGCGCGGGCCUCGCGGCGUCGCUUCACCUGACGGAGACGCAGGUGAAGAUAUGGUUCCAGAACCGGCGCAACAAGUGGAAGCGCCAGCUGGCGGCCGAGCUGGAGGCGGCCAACAUGGCGCACGCGGCGCAGCGGCUGGUGAGGGUGCCCAUCCUGUACCACGAGGCGGCGGCGGCGGCGGCCGCGGCGCACCACCACGCCGCCCAGGCGCAGGGCCACCCCCACCCCGCGGCGGCGGCGGCGGCGGGGGCGGCCGUCGCGGCCGGCGGCGAGGCCGGCGUGUCCGUGUCGGGGGCGUCGGCGCCCGCGGGCUACCCGCUCUACUACCACCACCCGACGCUGCCGCCGAGCCCCGCCACCAGCCGGCCGCCGCUGUCCAGCCUCGUCUAG